CUUGACGAUGAAGGCAGGCGCAAUUGCAAGGGUCCGCUCGUAGCGGCGACCCAACGCGCGCCAACACGAUCGAAAGAUCUCUGGUCAACCCCAACCACUGCAGACCUUACGUUCGCCUGCGCCCGUUAAGCGCAAUUCCACCAAAUUAAAACAUGGCACCCAAAUUAUGGCCUUUGCUGCCUCAAUCAGAAGAAGACGCUCUCCACAACGUCUCGCGUCUCUUCAAUGUCGAAUCACGGCCCUAUGCCCGCGUCGCCCAUCGUAUAAUCACCUCUAGGGAGCAGGGCAAGCCCACCGACUUCAUCCUCUCCGAUGCGCGACCUAGACAGCUGCCCACCCCGCCUCCUGACGCCUCGGCCGCAGAUGAGGAAGCUGCAGGGCGCGAUGCCCUUCGAAAGGAAGAAUCGGACAAGAUUGAAGCUUGGAGAAAGGAGCUCAUCAACGAGUUGGAACUCCUCGACUUUGCAACGCUGCGCUUCGAGCUCACUACCGGCAUCAACAACGAAGAACGGGAGCGGUACGCAAAGGAGAAGUUGGCCAUUACAGACAAACAGGACCACGUUCGAAAAAACAUCGAGAAGCUGCGCGUCGACUUGGAGCAGGCGAAGGAGACGUUGGCUGUCCGCAAGACUUACGACGAGCUGACCAAGAAAAUCACCGACAACAAGAUGCUGAAGCCGCGAGAUGAGCAAGCGAUUGCACAUGAAAAGCUAGAUCAGGAAAUCGCCGAGUUGGAACAGGAGGUGCAAAAUGCAAAGGCCACCUGGGGCGAACGCCGUACACAGUUCAACCGCAUCGAAACCGAGGCCAUGAACCUGAUGCAGAUGAUCAAGGAUGAAAAGGAGGAAGCAGAGCGCAAGGAAGGCAUGCGUGACGACGAGGGCGACGACAAAGACGCCAGCACAAGGGCCGAUGUGAGCCAUGCGGGGACGCCCAGACCUGACGGCGGUCUCACGCCGGUACACCCCAGCCAGACUGCAGAGUCUUCCAACACGCUCAAAGUUCCGCCUCAAGAUCGCCUCUCAGCUCUGUCCGUUGCUGCGUCACCUGCGCCCUCCGGUGCCGGAGAGGAUACCGAGAUGGGCGAGUCCGGCGACAAUGCAGGGCGCAACCCGGCCGAUGAUUCCGAGAUUGAAGAGGGGGAGGAUGUCGAAGAAGGCGAACAUGAAGGAUCUGAGCGCGGAGAAGCCUCAGGGCGUGAAAUGGAUGAAUCAUGAAAGGUGGAGCAGUGCCAGUGACAUCAGCUCUCGAUUCUGUAUGAUACCCUACUUGUUUGCAUAGCGCGGUGUCCAGGAUGGUCUUCAAUUUGCAGGUGGUUCGUAUGUACUAUAUUGAAAUGGGUAUAACAUCUACAAACACCACCACGCCACGUGCAAUUUCAUCAUGCAGACUCGGCAAGAGUCGCCUUUGCCUCCUCAAUCGCAUCAUUCGCCUUGGUGACCUCUCCAGCUGGUGCAUCGCCUCCAGCCUCCUUCUGAAUUUGGUCAAUACCUGCAC